CGCCAUUUUGAGAGAAACUGUGUUGUUCGCAAUAUUUAAUUAGUUUACAUUUCAGACAUAAUUGGAUCAAAAAACUCAAAAUUCUGUGUCAGAAACAAAACUAAGGAUCUGAAGUCCUUAACCAACAUGACGGCAGGUGAAGAAAUUUUAGAUAAUCGACCGAAGAGGAAGUUCGUAUGCGGAGCUGUCGAAGGAUUUUAUGGAAGACCAUGGACCACAGAGCAAAGGAAAAUUCUGUUUGAGUGGUUGAAAAAGAUGAAGAUGAACACAUACAUGUAUGCUCCUAAAGAUGAUUGUAAACACCGAGCCUUCUGGAGAGAUCUGUACUCGGUAGAAGAAGCCGAGAAUUUGACAUCACUGAUAGAAGCUGCUAAGGAACAUGGAGUGGAGUUUGUUUAUGCUUUGUCUCCAGGCCUGGACAUUACUUUUUCUAGCACCAAAGAUGUACAGUUUCUUAAACGCAAGCUGGAACAGGUGACAAGUUUCGGAUGUACAGCAUUUGCACUGCUGUUUGAUGACAUUGAGCCUGGAUUGAGUGAGACAGAUCGCAGUGCUUUCCAGUCAUUUGGGGCAGCCCAGGUGUCGGUCACAAAUGAAGUUUAUCAGCAUUUAGGGCAACCCCAGUUCUACUUCUGUCCCACAGAGUACUGUUCGUCAAGAGCUGUUCCAAACUUGCUAUCAUCAGACUAUCUAAAUACUCUCGGAGCCAAGCUACUGAAGGACAUAGAUGUCUUAUGGACAGGUCCUAAAGUGAUCUCCAAGAAGCUGACUAUUCAACACUUACAGGAGGUAUCCUCGGUGAUCAAGCGACCACCUGUUAUAUGGGACAACAUACAUGCUAAUGACUACGACCCCCGCCGUGUGUUUCUCGGACCAUUUGAUGGAAGGUCCCCUGAGAUCAUUCCAUAUUUACGUGGACUUCUAACAAAUCCAAACUGUGAAUUCGAAGCUAACUAUGUGGCUCUUCACACACUGGGUCAGUGGAGUGUGUCUAAUAGUGACGGACUAAAGAAGGAUAUUAUUGCAGAUGGAGAACAUUUAAGUCCGGUGGCUGCUGACAUAAGACUUGAAACAGAGAGUGAUUUUGGUUCAAAUGAAGACUUGCCAUCUCGUAUUGAUCGUCGGUACCAGACCAGACUGGCCCUGAAGCAGGCACUGGAUGACUGGAUGAUGGAAAUCAACACAAAUCGUCAGCCACCUCGUGUGGUUGCCCCCCUUACCACCACUGGUCCCCCCAUUCCCAUUCCUGCAAUUCCAGCCCCAACAAUAGACAAUAAUGUCACCCCAGUGUGUGGAGACAAUAUGGCCGCCUCCUUUGCAGGCAGUCAAGCUGCCAAUCCCCCUGCUAACCUUGUAGACUCAACUAUUCCCUCAGAUUCCGAGUCUGAGAUAUCGGAGGACCCUGAACCAAUGGAAUACGUACCAACAGCUGUCCCCUCUCUGGAGGUUUGUAAGGAACCCUCCCCCUCCCCAGAAGACGUGAUGCAGGUGGAGACGGAGGUACCCCCUGCUGUGGAAGACAAGGAUUGCUGUAUGACUAACACAGAGUGCUUCAUGAGAGAAGAUCUAAGUUUACUUGUGGAUUUCUUUUACACCCCAUUUGACCAUGGAAUGACCAGUGUCCAGUUACUACAGGAUUUACACCAUCUGAAAUCUAACGCUGGAGUGGUGGUCAGGGGGCAUGGGAGACUUAAUUCUGAAGAAGCAUCUGCAUGGAUGGAAGCUGCAGAUAAAUUCUUGACAGCAGUCCAGAAGGUGGACAGGAUGAUCCGACUGAUCCAGCAUAUUCCUAAUGCAGCAGUGGUUCACGAGUUCUUCUCCUAUCUGUGGGAUCUACAGGGAUUGCUACAACUUUGUGCUUGUUAUGUGCAGUGGCUCAAACUUGGACAAAUCAAAGAGUCUGCUAUUCCACGGUUGUCAGAGCCUUCUCCUAAUUCUCCCACAUGGUGUUCAAAAGGGUAUAAGGAACUGUUCCAUAGUGGCGACCAGGAACCCUGGGUAUUUCGUGGCGGAGUUCAGGGGGAAAUCCAACGUUUGUUGCCAAGUGAUGGUGCACAUGACCUUUUCCUUAUCAGACCACCCGAGGUCUUACUGAAGAAACUAUACAGCUACAGGCCAUAUCUACCCACUGAUGAAAGCUCUGUGUAUAAUAUUUGUUUGAAAACCUGUGAUGAUGGGAUGGAUGGCACAGAGGUUUUCCCUGACUUCCCAGAUCUAAUAGCAGACAGGAUCAUAGGAGCUAUUGUCUCUAUCAGUCCUGAGUACUGCUUUGUUGUCUGUGAUGAGCAAGGAGUUUGUGGUUAUGCUCUGGCAGCUUUAGAUGCCACACAGCUACGUCAGAAGUCCGAGAUCUCAUGGAUACCGGCCAUGUAUCAGAAGUACCCCAAGCCUAAUAAAGAGGAACUGACUCCCAGUGAGGAAGUGAUCAUGAGUUUUCACACUCCCCAGAGAUCCACACCAGUAUCUGUGACCCAGAGAUAUCCCUCUGUGAUUCGUCUGGACUUCAUCCCACCCCGAGUUGAAGACUACAGUGUUCCCAAACGACUGCUGGCCUGCGCAGUCAUGGCACUGAAGACUAGCGGUUCUACUGGAAUCCACGUGGAGAUGAACGUCGGUGACAAAUGUAUGAUUGAUCACUACCAGAGGAUGGGGUUCUUCCCGAUAAUGGACGCCGCAGGUGGGCCAGAUGAUGUAGUUUACCUAGGGAGGGCCAUCUGACCACUCCCAGGGCCCUCAGACCACACCCCCAAGGCCAUCUGACCCCCCCAGCAUUCCAUACAGAAUCUUACAAUGGUGUAGCGCAAUCGGGAACUGUUUAUAUGAAUCAGUCCAGUAAAUGUCUUACGAGACAAAACGGUCAAUGUUACUGACAGGAUCAGUCUGUCACAAAAUAGUGCUAAGUAGAGUUUCCUUUGCAACAAAGUAUCAAAUGAAAAGUCUUUGGUUUUUUUUUGUUGUUGUGUAAGUUGUACAUGACUUUUUUUUCAUAUCUGUUAAACUCGGCUGUGAUGUUAUGAGUAGUGCAUAAUUUGUGGCUCAUUAAAAAAUAAAUUUCAUUAUUACCUUG